AUGCUGCGCGCAAUCGCAAGACAGUGCGCACCCGCCAGACGCCUCGUCGCAUCCGAUCUGCACGCCUCGCAGUUCGCCUCCACCUCGCUCGUGCGCCCACGCACCUUCGCCUCGUCCUCGGCACGAUGCAACAGCGACGCGGACAAGUCGGCGUCGACACAGCAGCUCGAGUCGCAAGCAUCGGAAGAGCCCAGCACGGAUCCCUCACCAGCCGGCAGCGCCACCGUCUCGGACGCACUCCAGCGCCAGUCCUCUCAAGAAGCCGAUGCGGAUGCCUCUUCUUCUUCGAGCGGCAGGCAACCGGCGUCGUCCAACCUCGACGACAUUCUCGGCUCGGUCUCUGCAUUCUCUUCGCUUCCAGGUGCUGAUGCUGCUGGUGCUGCCGGAGACGCUGCGGACGAUGCUUCGGGCGCGUCGUUCCGCGAUGCCGGUCGCAACGGUCCUGCCGUUCGUGGCGCCAUGGCCUCGCGAUAUUCGUCUCCGCUCUUCUCCUCGUCCUCCGCCCAGCCGCACCGUCUGUUCGUCAACGCCAGCAGGAACAACACCAUCCUCACGCUCACCUCGCCCUCGGGCGACCCGCUCGCCUCGGCCUCCGGCGGCUCCGUCGGCUUCAAAAAGGCCGCCCGCUCUGGCUACGAGGCCGGCUACCGCGCCGCCUUCGCCAUGUUUGGCAAGAUCAACGAGUUCAAGGACGCAUGGCGCAUCUCGCACCUCGAGGUGCUCUGGAAUGGCUUCGGUCAGGGCCGCGAAGCCGUCUACCGUGCCAUGCUCGCCGGAGAGGGCCAGGCCACCAAGAACCUCAUCAGCAAAAUGACCGACAACACCCCCGUCAAGAUCGGCGGUGUAAGGCCCAAGAAGCGCCGCAUGCUCUAG